AUGACCACUCCUUCCAUGCCGUUAUCUUACUUAACAUUGAAAUGUGUAGCACUCUACAUGGAACCAAACAAACGUGUGCAACUCUACCUACGCUGCCCAUCUUUUGAAGUUGCCCACAAUAUUCAAGCAAUGAGAAUCAAGGAUCUAAAAGUACGACACAACAACUUUGAGAUUAAUGGAACUAUCUACAGCCUAGGAAUCAUUACCCAAUACACGGACACACCGAAUCCCAGAUCGGUAGUUUUCGAUAACGCUGAUGGUGGAAUUCAAGAUCACGUAGACAUCUACGGUCUCCCGCCAAGACAGACACAAGAUGAGGCAAAGAAUGUGAAAGUAGAUAACACAAUGAUAACCAGUUUAAGAGAAUCGAUAACCAGCAUGAAGCAAGAGCUGAAGCCUGGAAAUCGUACUAGGAUUGAGCGACUCAAUUUGAAAGCGGAAGCAUACAACAUGAGAAUCAACAACACUCCGCCGCCAUUCCGUCUUUAUCUGCAAUUGACUAUUUCAACAGGAAAAUUAGUGAAAACAGAGCGUGUGGUUUAUGACAAACAAUUUGGAAUUGGCAAAGAGUACAUUGAGAAAAUGGUGUUUGGCAACAAAACAAUUCAAGUGGAAGAUCUUCAAAUUGGUGGUGACCAUUAUCGAUGUGAUUUGGGUAACAGCAACGGCAUUCAGUACGGCCCUCCUCGUCACGAACCUCUUUUCGCCUACACGCCACAAACAGAUAGUGUGAAACCAUUACUUUCAAUUCAAAGUAUAGAAGUAGGCGUGCUGAAAGUCACUGAAAUUCUGACUAAUGCUUUGGCUAGUCUCAGACCUAUUUUGUCUCAGACCCUAUUAAAAGAAUUAAAAGCCGUUUGCCAUGAAGACACAUUUCCGGAAGACCCAAUUGUAAAUACAGCCGAAUUCCUUCAAACUGCUUAUGGCACGCCAAUAAACGUUCUAAGUAACCGUCCAAACUACCGAAUUCAUUUUGGCCACGCUUUUAAACCAACUGAGUAUUACAUAAUCAAGUUGGUAAACGAGUGGAAGAAAAGGGAGAUCCGAAUUGGAACUUAUUACUCGAUGGGAGAACCUGAGCAUUUUGUCACCCAAAUCUUCACUUUGUUUAGAAACAUUCCAGGUGCAAAGUUAGGAGAGAACGAAGAAUCAAUAUUAACUGCAUUUCCGGAGUGCAUCAUUAUCCCGAUGGGAAACGAUACAGAGCUGAAUGUCUACUGCAGCAAGCCGGAUGAAGAAGAGAAGGAGUACUGUGGUUUGGAGCUCAUUGUGAAAAUGAAAUGGCAGCCGAGAGGAUAUGCCAGAGCUGUUGAAUGGUGA